GGGCCCCCCUCUCUCUAACCAGAGUCUUAUCACAUCACCUCCUCCUGGAAGCUACACUGAUUGCCUUCACCUCCUUUCUUGAAAACUGGUGUCAGGGCAGAAGUUAACAGAAGCCUCGUGUAAAUGCCCUAGGGGUGUGCUGUUGGUAGGGGCACAGCCCCCUGUGAUGUGGACACCACGCUCAGAUUCAUCAGUUCGGGUUGCCUGAGGCCUUGCCGCCCCUCGGACCAUGUUUAACGGGGAGCCUGGGCCGGCCUCGGCCGCGGCCUCCAGGAAUGUGGUUCGGAGCUCCAGCAUCAGCGGUGAGAUCUGUGGCUCCCAGCAGGCUGGGGGUGGGACCGGGACCACCACAGCCAAGAAGCGGCGCAGCAGCCUUGGGGCCAAGAUGGUCGCCAUCGUGGGCCUGACUCAGUGGAGCAAGAGCGCGCUCCAGCUCCCCCAGACUGAAGGGGCCACCAAGAAGCUGCGCAGCAACAUCCGACGGAGCACAGAGACGGGCAUCGCCGUGGAAAUGCGGAGUCGGGUCACACGCCAGGGCAGCCGCGAGUCUACCGACGGGAGCACCAACAGCAACAGCUCCGAGGGCACGUUCAUUUUCCCCACCACCCGGCUCGGGGCUGAAAGCCAGUUUAGUGAUUUCCUGGAUGGGCUGGGACCAGCCCAGAUUGUGGGGCGACAGACAUUGGCAACACCACCAAUGGGGGACGUGCACAUUGCCAUCAUGGACCGGAGCGGCCAGCUGGAGGUGGAAGUGAUUGAGGCCCGGGGCCUGACCCCCAAACCAGGCUCCAAAUCCCUCCCAGCCACCUAUAUCAAGGUUUACCUGCUUGAGAAUGGAGCCUGCUUGGCCAAAAAGAAGACAAAGGUCGCCAAGAAGACCUGUGACCCCCUGUACCAGCAGGCUUUGCUCUUUGACGAGGGGCCCCAGGGCAAGGUGCUGCAGGUGAUCGUCUGGGGAGACUAUGGCCGCAUGGACCACAAAUGUUUCAUGGGCAUGGCCCAGAUCAUGCUGGACGAGCUGGACCUGAGUGCCGCGGUCGCCGGCUGGUACAAACUCUUCCCCACGUCCUCGGUGGCGGACUCUACACUUGGAUCCCUCACCAGGCGCCUGUCCCAGUCCUCCCUGGAGAGUGCCACCAGCCCCUCGUGCUCCUAAGGACCUCAGGAAGAGGCCAAGAUGUCGUGUGGGAAGGGGUACCUGAUGGCCUCCGCUCCCCUGUACAUAGUCUUCGUGUCUUUCUGGCCCCCUUGCCCUGCUGCAUGCCUGUUGGCAACUGGGCCCGUCCCAGCUGGCAACGGAGACUGUGGUGCGUGCGUGCGUGUGUGCGCGUCUGUGUCUGUGUGUGACCAUGUUAUGUCUGUUCGUCUGUCUGGGUACAGUCAGUCUUGGUGACUACAUGGGCCACAGUCCACAUCUCUCUGUGUCCUGUUUAAAACAAACCCAAAGGAGUGUUGUGUGGGCACCAAUCCCCCCGAGUCCAGGGGUGAAAGUGGGGGCCGUGGCAGCCGAUCCAUCCUGCCCGGCCCUGUGCCCUGGGGCAGAGCCCACAUGCCCCUGCCGGGGCCGCCUCUUGGCAGUCCCUGCUUAGUUUUCUGUCUUGUCCUUUGUUCCACCUUGGCUUCUCCCAGCACUGCUGCUCUUUUUUGAAGAAUGUAGCAACCACUGCAGCUGGCCACCCGAGGCCCCUCGGGGACCAGACGCCCUCCUCCCCACCCAAGCACCCUAGCAGCUCUUCACACUGAAUGCAUCUGCGGCAUGUAGCAUGCUCAUCUAGGGCCCUGGCCAGGGGCCUGGGGAGCAGAGGAUGCCUGGGAGCGGAGGGCUUGGAGAUCAUCUUCUCCCUCAGGCCAGAGCUGCCUCCUUCCUAUAGGUGAGACACUAGGAAGUCUUAGUUCCCAGGGUUGCUGGCCAGGCCCCUUAGAGGGAAGUGCUGGCACCUCCCUUAGUAUUGUCCCUCACCUCCUGUCUUCCUCCAAACCUCCUCACUUCCAACAUGCCAAAGGAGCUCUCCCAGUGGAUCCCAGGAGGUGUGGAUGUGGAGGGUCUUGACAUCCAGGAGGCUGGCCUCAGGAGGGGGAUGUUACCUGCCACAGCAGGUGGUCUCUGGAGGCGACUGUGUCCUCUCCAGGCCCUGGAGGGUGGCCCUGUCCCUCUCUGGGAUCAUCCUGGGGUGGCUUGACUUGUGGAGGAGGUGCUGAGGGUAGGGCCACGUACUGGAAUUAGGAAGGCUGGGGUUGUCCUGCUCUGUGCCCCCGUUGAGUACCCUGUCUGACCUUUGGGGAUUAACUGCAUGAGGUUGAUCAUUUGAGUCUCUCUUUGUUUGCUCAUUUCCAGACCAGGGUCCCUGUGUGGGAGCUCAGACUCACUUGGGCUCCAGCCUUCUGGCCCCAUGGACAGCCUGGCUCUGGACUCAGCUAGACUGUCACAGUCACCAGCUCUGUAUAAGCAAUACUUUCCCCUCUCUGCCUCCCCACCUCUUUGCGCUCCACAGCUGUCCUCUGGAGAGUGGCCUGUCCUGUCCUAGAUGCCUCACCUGCCUCUGCUUUCUUUCUGCCCUUGUCUGGUUGGAGCUUCCCAAAACCACUCAAAAACCCUGACUUCAUCUGACAGCUGGGCCCUGUGGGUGGGGACCAGGACCUGGACAGGCCCUGUGAGAUGUCUGCUUGGAAAUGCCCAAAUCUGUCCUCUUCCUCCUCAGGUCUAAGGCAGAAGAAGGUUAGAGGUUGCCCAGCAGGUGGAGACUGUAGCCCUUGGGUCCAUGUCUGGUGGGGAGGAAAGAGGUGGCAGGAGGGGGGUCAAGGUAUGGAGAAGACUGUCCCUCUGCCUCUUCCCCAGCCGUCAGCCCCAUGUGCUGAGAUGACUCGGACCCACAUACUCAAGGUGGAGGGGAGCUACCCAGCCGAGCAGCAGAGAGGUCUCUGCGCCUGACUGCUUGGGCUCCACUUGUAACCAAAGCCGGAUGGAUGGGCAGAGAGGUGGAUUCUGAGGGCAGGUGGAGGGGAGGCUCCCUGGAGAUAGAAUCAUCUCUACCCAAAGGGCCUCCUUUCCUGGCAGGACCCCACAUCAGGUUAAAGCCAGAGCCUAGUAACCUGUCUCCCAGGAAAGCCCCAACGGCCCUGCCCACAGACAGAAAGCAGGUAAGGGCAGUAAGAAACGAACCGAAUGGACUCCUGGCUCCUGCAGGAGCCCCCACUCUUGUCUGAUCACAGAUGAGGACUGUGUGGGCGUAGAGCGAGGGAGGAGGCAGCUGGGUCGGGUUUUCUCUUCAAGCAGAAAUUCUCUGCUGUUGUCGGGACUGGGUAAUGCAUGCAUUUCUCAUAUUUCUAAAAAUAAGGUGAAGGGCUCUGUACUCUUUGACCCUAGAGUGGGGAGAGGGAGGAAACUCGCUCACAAAAGUUUGUUUUUAUGUUUUGUCUGUGAUGUGUUCACCUUUAGAGCAGUCUCCCUCAGGAUGGUGUGGACAUACUCUACACUUUUGGAAUGGUGGGAUUCGUAGCAAUUCAUAGGAUAGUGUAGGCAUUUGCUGAUGUAGCACUGAGUGGUGAUACCCAGACCAUGCAGUCAUCCCCAGGGAGGGGAUAUCAAAAAGGGGUAUCACCCUCAUUCCUCUAGGGACCCAGGAAGACAGAGACAGUGGGGGGCUGCCCACAGAGCAAGGGCCUCUGGGUAGUUGCAGGCCACGGUGCCCUCACCUCUGGGGGAAGGUUGGUUAGAACCAUGGAAGUUCUAGCCAGAGAUGGGGCCUGACAUGUGGUGACUUGGGCUGAUCUGCCUAUAGUCCCCAGCUGCUAAAACUGCCCAAGGACUGGGCCACUCACUCUCCUCUCUCUCUAUUGGGAAGUAAUUCUCCCUAGGUUGACCUUAGGGAAUUAUCCUUUUUAACCCUUUGCACCAAAUAAGUUACUAAUCCCCACUGGAUCCUCCCUCACCCCCAUGAUGGUGAGGUCACGUGAGGCUGAUGCGUGUGUGAUGGUGAAUGGCUGGAUUUGAGGGUCUGUUUCUCAUCCUCCUGAAUCCAGGGGCUUGUCUGAGAAGCUGUUUGGGAGCUAGUGUGUCCCAGGAGAGGAGGGAGCAUGCGCGAGACUCCUGGCCUUCUCUGGGGAGGGCAGCAUCUUUGAGGAGGGGACAGUGGGGAAGGAAGGAAGCGCAGAGUGUUCCCCAAGCUGGGGAGCAGUCUCCUGUCUCUGAAGGCCUGCUCACCCCAGGUGAAACCCAGAGCUGAGUACAGGACGGGGUUCUGUGUCAUUCCCCUUCCUCUGCUCAGGCAGGAUUCGCGGAGGAUGGUGGCAGAGACGGGGGUGGCCCUGCGGCACUGCCGGGCUGUGGGCAGGAACCGUGACAGAUGAUUCAGAGCAGCUGUCUUCACGUUUCUGCUCUGUUCAGUGUGUCCUACUUCCUUCUUAGACUCCUUCCCUACAGGAAGGUCUGAGGGCCUUUGGUAUGAAUCAGCCUCCGGUAAAUGGGGGCUGAGUCUAGGUUUGACUAGGGGGAUUUGAUCCUUCAGGGAAGAACCAUCUCCAAAACGACUCCCCAUUCCGGUCUCUUCCACCUCCCAGUUCUCCCAGUGAAGGAGCGGAGGGCUUAGGAGGCGCUCUGGGGCACGCCAGCAUUCCAGGGGGGUGAGGCAGAGCCCCGGGGCUCCAGAGAGAGGGCACCUGUGUAGCCCAUCGCUGUGGGAUUGCCGGUCGUCCCAGGGGCAUGAAGCCUGCCAGGGCCAGCAUGCCUGAGCCCUUCUAUACUGCCAACCUCCAGGAGAGCAGGCCCCUUCCCAUCCACACCCCCCCCCUUAAAGACACUAGAGACCUCCAAGGGUCCAUCUUUGGAAAUGAAAUGUAGCACAAUCUUAGACUGCGUUACCAGGAGCCUUGACCCACGACCAGGGCUCUUGCUCCGCACCCUGCUGCCCAGGAGACACUGAGCUCCCAUCGCCCCCCACCCCCACCCUGGGGCUCCAGGCCUCCUGAUGCCUCCCCUUCCCUCUCUUCCUCGGCCCAGAAAGCAGCAGAGCUUCAGCAAGGCUGCUCUUCUGUUUCUCUGAUUGCUUCCUGCACUGUGCAAACUCCGUGCAAGACAUGGCUGCCUUUGCUUGGCGAUGUAGACGCGUUGCCCUCCGCCUGGGCGCUGGGAGACGGUGCACCAUUCAGGGCCAGGGUGUCCAGCAAGCAUUUCCGCGGCAUCUCCAAGAAGAAGAGGACUGCCUCCCUACCGACUCCUCCCUCAAGCUUCCUCUCCUCGGCGUUUUCUCCACUAUCCUGACCCGCAAAGAGGUUCUUUAAAAUGCUGCUUCCUGUACUGGCUUCUCUCUCACUGAACGAAGAGGGAGGAGAUGGGUGUGGAGACCCCCCUGCCUUCUCCCUCAAGUCUGCUUUUCACUCAGGUCAGAAGAGGACGGGGCAAAACCAAACACUCACAAUUGAAGACAGGGGGGUGGGUCCCGCCCAGUCAGGUGAGGUCUGAUGGCGGCUGGAUUGGCCUGGUCUGUCUGGGAAAGGGUUCUUUUGAGAGUGCCUGAGCAUCUCAGAGCAAUGUCGGUGAUGCCAAAGAGAGCAACUCGGUCUCCCCGGGCACCGACUCUGCCGGCGGGGCCUGCACCCAUGCGGCGCGGGUGUUGGCAUGCCUGAUGGUGGGACCUUGUUCUCUGACAAAGGGCUUAAUCUUUCCAUGUAGCAAAGCAACUCCUUCUCUCCCCCCACCCCCUUCCCCAACCCUGAUCUCGGGCUUUUGUGGGCCCAGCAAGGCUGUGCCUGUGAGGAAAACCCCACCAGUAAGGGAAACUGAACUCUGUCGGGGGCCUAGACUAGCUUGGGGCAAGUGCUUGUUGAAAAGUGUGUUACUGCUUGGGGAAAACAUUCCAGGGAUCUAGUUGGAAACUCCCCUGCCAAGGAGUUCACCCCAUUGUCAGGAAGGGUCCAUGGGACUGGGGCCCAGAGAGUUUGGCUAACAGAGAUGGGCCCUGGGAAUCCAUGGACAACAGAGCAUCCGCCCCGCGGGUCAAUGGCUGGACAAUUGGCUCCAGGGACGCAAGGCUGUUAUAUACAGUUUUGUCCAAAACUGUGACCUGGCGCAAGACUCCUCACUUUUCUGGGCCUCGGCUUCCUCAUCCGCAAAAUCAGAGCAUUUGCUAGUUGCUCCAUGGUUCCUUCCAGGUUUUAAAAGUCUGAUCUGGAGCUGAGGAUCAGCACCAGCCCCUGGUGCCCCACCUGGGUGCAGGUCCUCAGCCAUCCAUGCCCAGAGGCUGCUUCUGACAAGACCUCUGGGAAUCCUAACAGACUCUGCUCCCACCUCUUCGUGAUUUCUUCUCCCUCUUCUUGCAUAAUGAUGAGAAAUAAUUAAGGGUUGUCUACAAUGGACAAUUUUCACGGUGCUGAUGUGACGUCACAACCUCCGCUGCACCCCGCGCAGGUCAGUGUCCCCACCAGCAGAUGAGACCGGGUCAGUCCCCAGUUCUGCUUCUGGAAUGACAUCCGCGGGAGAGUGGACCCCUGAGGAUGUGGAAGGCAGUGGUCUCUGGUGGGAGGAGAGAGGGCACUUAACUUCCGUCCAAGUAUUUGGCUUCUUCAAACCGCUUGUCUCUCCAGAAUCUCUCACCAGACACCAUCUCCGCAGGCAGAGUGGCUGCUUCCUUAGGAAGAGUUGCCCUGAUUAUUCCAUCCACUCCUUUAGAAUGUAAAUUCACAGGAGGCAGGAACCCCUUUUUUAGAAUUUCCAAAUGCAUCCUGCAAAGAAAGAGAUAGCUGAUAGGGACUGACAAGCACACUGUUUAGAUAAGAAGCAAUUAGCCUUUUAUAUCUGUGCUCUAUACAUUUUCUAUGUGCAGCAUCUUCCCAAACUUGCUGUGGCUCCUAGGUGGCAGGUGGACGGCUGGGAGGACUGCCGGCUGUUUUGUCCAACACUCUUGCCAAUUCCCUUGAGGAGAAAAUUCUUCACAUGGCUUCUGCAUGUACAAUAUUUGGGCAGCAAAAAAAAAUAAAAGAUUAAAGUCAGUUUGAAAA